AUGUCAACUUGUGCAAAAUAUGACUGAGCAAUAUUUGUUUUAAAUGUUUUAUACUACAAUAGAGGCCCCUGUUCACCACCCAUGUCAAGGAUGUGUUGCGCAAGGGUCCAAACUCAACGUUCUGGGGAGAAAAAAACCCUCCAAUGUUUCACGUGCCACGUGCACAUGUCAGCCUUCUCGGAAUGGGUUAAAUGGAAUCAUAGUAAAAAUUCAUCUCCAAGCCAGGGAGCUCCGCCUCCAGAUUGUUGAGUCUGCUGUGGCUCGCAAGUCACCCCAUUUCAAAUCCCGCCUUCCUAACCACAGCCCCCCCUGGACCCCACCAGUCCCACCCACCCGGUGAACCACAUUGAAAUGGAUCUCGUGCUGUUGCCUGCCAAACAUAGCAGAGUGAAGGAUCAUCUCUUGGUGUGCGUGGAAGCCAUGGAGCCACUCGUUGCGUUGUUGGCAUUUCUAAUCUACUCUCAAGUUCAGACAACAGGCGCAGAGACAAUAUGCGGAAGCAAGCAGUUUGCAUGUGGAAAUGGAAGAUGCAUCACAGUCAGGUGGGUGUGUGACGGCACAGAUGACUGUGGAGAUGGCACAGACGAGCUUCCUAAUACUUGCUUGAGCAAAACAUGCAGUCCAUCGGACUUUAGUUGUGGCGACCACCUUCACCAGUGUAUACCAAACACUUGGCGCUGUGAUGGGAAAGCAGAAUGUGAGAAUGGAGCAGAUGAAGAGAACUGUGGACAAAAAAACUGCACAGCCACUGAGUUCCGUUGCACAAAUGGGCAGUGUGUGUCUCCUUCAUUUGUGUGCGAUGAAGAUGCAGACUGCGAUGAUGGCAGCGACGAGGCCUCCUGCCCAUCAGUUACGUGUAGUGCUGUUGCGUUUCAGUGCAAUAACACUGUUUGCAUUCCACGUCUGUGGGCCUGCGACGGAGAUGCUGACUGCGCAGACGGUUCAGACGAGUGGACCCAGAACUGUGGUACGGCAACACCACCCAACACCCCUUCGGCAGCUCAUCGCUGCUCACCUCUGGAAUUCCACUGUGCUAGUGGGGAGUGCAUUCAUGGAAACUGGAGGUGUGAUGGAGAAGCUGACUGCCUCGAUCGAUCCGAUGAAGCCGACUGCGUACGUCCAACCUGCCGUCCUGAUGAGUUUCAAUGUGAUGACGGCACUUGCAUUCAUGGAAGCCACCAAUGUAACAUUCGGUAUGACUGCAGGGACAUGAGCGAUGAAAGAGGCUGUGUCAAUGUCACUCAAUGUGACGGAGAGACCAGAUUUAAGUGUCGCAGUGGGGAAUGUAUUAGCAUGGAUAAAGUGUGUGACAACAACCGUGAUUGCCGAGAUUGGUCAGAUGAGCCUGUGAGGGAAUGUGGUCUCAAUGAAUGUCUCCUCGACAAUGGUGGCUGCUCUCAUGUCUGCAUCAACCUGAUAAUUGGUUUUGAGUGCCGCUGUCCCAUGGGAUAUUAUUUUGUUAACAAAAAUCAUUGUGAAGAUGUUGACGAAUGUAUCAUCCCAGAAACCUGCAGUCAGAUCUGCGUUAACCAACCAGGCAGCUACAAAUGCGAGUGUGGAGAAGGUUACCAAGUUGACCCAUCAACCAAAGACUGCAAGGCCAUUGGUACAAGUCCCUAUCUUUUUUUCACCAAUCGUCAUGAAGUCAGAAAAAUGGCCUUAGUCAAAACUGAGUACACUCAGGUCAUCACCCAACUAAAGAGCGCUGUGGCUCUGGACAUGAACAUGGCCACAAAAGACAUCUACUGGUCAGACAUCUCCCAGAAAAAGAUCUACAGAGUUCAAAUGGAUUCAGCACAGAACUCCACUCAUCACACUAUAAUGAUUUCUGAUGACAUUGUGGCACCUGAGGGUAUUGCCUUUGACUGGAUCCAUAACAAGCUGUAUUGGACUGACAGCAUUCGCAAGACCAUCUCUGUGGUAACUGCUGAUGGCGAUCGUCGUAAGACUCUCUUCUCCCAGGGCUUAUCUAAACCCCGAGCAAUCGUGGUUGACCCCUACAACAACUUCAUUUUUUGGACUGACUGGGGGAAUCCUCCUAAAAUUGAAAAAAGUGGUCUGAAUGGAGGUGACCGCACAGCUUUGGUCACUGACAACAUUAUGUGGCCCAAUGGAAUCACACUUGACCUGUUAAACCAGCGGCUCUACUGGGUGGACUCAAAGUUACACACACUCUCCAGUAUCGGCGUCCAGGGUGGGGACCGACACACCCUCAUUAUUGAUGAAAACCACCUGAACCACCCGUUGGGACUUACAUUGUUUGAGGAAAGAGUAUUCUGGACAGACGUCGGUAACAAUGCCAUCCUCAGUGCUAAUAGGUUGACUGGCGCAGACAUCACAGCAGUGGUACAGCACCUGUCAUCUCCAGAAGAUGUUAUUGUGUACCAUAACCUUAAACAGCCUACUGGGAGAGACUGGUGUGGCGUGUCCAAUGGUGGCUGUGAAUUUAUGUGCCUCGGAGCACCACAAGUGGGCAGCCAUCCCCCUAAAUAUACCUGCGUCUGUGCUGAUAACAUGAUGCUCGCAAGUGAUAUGAGGAGAUGUGUACCGGUGGUGUCAACUCCUGAAGCUCCCGUGCAUCCUCAGAUUGUGACAACCAACCCACCUGCGCCAGCCACAAACCCACCCAAGUUCCGAACCUCCAUUGCUCCCAUCACAACCACAAGACCUAUGGUCAAGCCAGUGCCAAGCACCACGAGGCCUCUGGUCAGAACCUCCGCACCUGAACUUAGCCAUACUUCAGGAUGGCCUGCAAUACCCAAAACCUCUCAGACCAUCAUUCAAACUCCAGACAUUCACCAUGUGUAUGGUACAGAGAUACCUAGGACAUCUUCCAGUUCACCAACUGGCUUGUACAUUGUCUUACCUGUGGUAAUCGUUUGUAUCCUGGCUUUUGGUGGUGUGCUGCUAUGGAAGAACUACAAGCUAAAGAACACAAACAGGAUCCACUUUGAUAACCCCGUCUAUCAAAAAACCACAGAGGACCAAGUGCACAUUUGGAGGAACCAUAGCGCUGACGGCUAUUCCUACCCAAAAAGAUCGGUUGUGAGUCUGGAUGAAGAGGCAGACAACCCCACGUUUACUGAAACCUAACUUGGGAUGGAAUUCAAAGGCAUUAUCAGACGACUAUAUCCGUGUACAGCACCAAAACCUCUGGGAAUUCAGGUUCUAUUCAUUUUGGUCACUUCAGUGUUUUUUUUUUUCUUUUUUCCCUAAUUAGAGAGUUCAUAUUUCAAUUGAACUAAAUGUUUCUAACUGGGCUCUCCCAGUGCCCUAACUCGAUUGUUAUUGAGUUCGUGUGGCCGACGCUGCUGAUAUAUUGUCAUACAUUAUUAUACUAUUGUGUCAGCAUUUGUCAUGCAAAAGUAAUUGUAAUUUUUCUAUUUUUGGCUAGACUCCUAGACCCCCCCCCCCCCCCAAAAGAAAGAGUCUGAGACUAUUAGCUUACCAUCCCUUUAUGUAGCUUAGCCACCUUGGUUAGGCUAGAAGCUCCAUAUAAGAUUUCUAGGUAUAAAAUUGCAGUGAUUUUCUUGAACGUGAAAUGUUUAUAAUGCAGUAUAUGCGUCGAAACAACUGACUGCAAAUUGAAAUAGUUUUCAAAUGGCAAUUUGAGACGAUUACACACCUUGAGAUAGAUUAUUGUCCCGAACACAGCCCGUUUAUGAACUCCAUGACAGGCUAAAAGAUGUGACGUUAUCUUAAGUUUAAAUAUAGAUUAAGGCCUCACGCUUCAUGCCACAAAAUUAAUGCAAAUUUUGCACUUAGUGAUCCAAGUUGCUGCUGUACUUGAAGUGUACCAAAAUCGCCGAUCUUUAAGUGUAUUGUUUUUUUGCUUGAUAGACUGCUUUAUAUGCAGAGUAAUCCUCUCCCAGAAUAUUUUUUUCUUGAAUCAGAAACAAGAUUCUAGACUUUGAAACAGUUUUUAUUGAGUUUUUCCCGGUGAGUGCUCAUUGUUGAAGAAAUGUGAGAACGCUAGUUCUGCCUGCUUUUCCCCAAAAAUCUGAGUAUUAUUUUUUGAUGUGUAAUUAGUAAGCAAUCACCUCAGUAUUGAUGAAAAAUAAUCACUUUCUGGAGAGUAAGGACUUCAACUAAUCCUGCAUACUAGUUUGUGCCUUCAAUGGUACGCUAUUUACACCUCCUGUAGCAACUUUCCCGUUUAUCCAAGCUUUGGACCCGCACUGGCCAAUAGAGAGCAGCACGGUGUUUGGGCACUGGCCGGGAAUUGAACCUGCCCCUUCUGCAUGACUGGCAGGGUAAAGUCGUCAGCCACAUGUUGCUCCUUUCUUCUAAUCUUUUUACUGGAGAGACUAACUUAAAUUUCUCCCCGAUGUGAAGCGGACCAAUGCAUUCUUCAGAAUAGCUUUAAUGCAACCAUGUGAGACCAAUGGGGCUGAGCACAUUGCACUGUACUGCAACACAAGUAUAGUAUUUUUAUAGCCUCCCUUCGGAGGAGAACUUAUCAGAGUGCUCCUGACAAAAGAAACACGUGUGCCUCAUCACGAUAGUUUUUUAGCUCCUGUGCUCUCUCUUGUGAGCAAAUGCUGCAUUUUAUUGUUGCUCAAAAGUCCGCUUUUGUGUUAUUGCUGAAAAGGAUUUGUAUAAAAUCACUGCAUAUUUACAGUGACUUGUUACACCCAACACAGAUGCUGUUGUGAUGGCCACUCUUUGGUGGAAGGUAGAGAAUCGUAAAUGCUCGUGAUGAUCUACAUGCACAGAGCUUUUUAUUUUUCUUUAAUUUUAUUUUUUUUACAUUGAGCCACUAGCAUUGCAGGAUGUGUGUGUAAAUAGGGUGAUCGAAAAUGUAAAUAUUUGUUCUGUUUUCGGGAAAUAUAAAUAAAUAGUUUUAUUUAUUAUA